AGUCAUUCCUUUUUGUUUCUCCUUAUGCGAGUGUCCACUAUGCGUUGUUGGCUGAAUCUGCUCUUGGUCGUGCUUCUGGUUGCCACUGCGUCAACUUCGCUCGUCUCUGCCGCCUUCGUCAAGCCACUGACUCCCUAUCGCUCCUACGACAAGGGCGAACCGGUCGUCGUGCUCGCGCAUCCGCUGCGAUCCAUCUUUGUGGACGUCUUUGCGCACGACCACCUGAGCCUGGGGUUCUGCGGACCGACUUCCGAGGCUGAGCAGGACAAGUUUGACGCAACGCUGGGCGAACGGCUGCUCGGCGACAACGCGCACGUCCUGCCCAUGAACGUCACAUUCAUGCAGAACACGACCUGCCAAGUCAUGUGCACCAAGACGUACAGUCCUGAGCAAUCAACUCGAAUUAUCAAAGCCGCCGAAGCCUUAGUGCAGCAUCACUGGACUAUCGGGGACAUUCCAAUCAACAAUGGAUUUGAAAACUAUCGUCGCGCGAGAUUCCCCAUGGGCAACCUGGCCACAGCGCUCGCGCUGAACAACGACUUUACCAUCACAGUCUAUGUGAAUGAGUACGACAUGAUUACAGCAGCAGAGGCCCGUGUUGCCAGCUUGCGGCACGCAGCAAGCGCUGAAGACUCGUGCGCAGAGUCUGCCGGCUUGGGCCAUCGUGUGCUGACCAUGGACACCAACGCGACCGUCACGUACUCGUACUCUGUCUUGUUCAUUCGCGGCGACCCGUCGUGGUCGUACGAAGAUGAAGCGAACGAACUGCACGUGUUUAGCCUGGUGAACAACAUUGUCGUGCUCCUGGUCAUCCUGGCCACCUUCUUUUUUGUGGUCAUUCGUGCCCUCCGUUCGGACUUUGCCCGCUACGAGCGGCUGGACGACGAAUCGCCCGCCGAGGAGGCUGGCUGGAAGCUCGUGCAUGGCGACGUCUUCCGCGCGCCGCGCCGACCGCUCCUGCUCGCGGCCCUUGUCGGCUCUGGCGUGCAAGUUGCCUUGGCUGCCAUUCUGACUGUAUUCUUUGCCGCGAUUGGCGUCGUGUCCGAGUUUACGCCAGGCAGCAUUGCAUCGUGUGUCUUGUUCACCUAUGCGAUUUUCGGCGCCGCUGCCGGUUUUGUCGCGGCUCGCUUGUACAAGUCUCUUGGUGGAGAGCGCUGGAAGUCCUUGCUGCUUGUCACGGGAACUGCCUUCCCUGGACUGCUCUUCCUGCUGGGUGUCAUUGCCAACGGCGUCAAAGCAGCUCACGAUGCAGCUGAUGCGGCAUCCACAGGGACGGUGUUUGUUGUGCUUGCGGUCUGGAUUUUCCUGCUGCUCCCACUGUGCCUGAUUGCCGGCCUGAUCGGGUUUCGAACUGCGCCGAUUAGCUUCCCUGUCAAGAUCAACACGUUGCCGCGGUUUUUGCCGCAGCAUUCGCCAUUCUUCGCUCGGAUGGUGCCCAUCAUUGUUGUCUGCGGAUUGGUUUCGCUUGCCCCGAUCGGUAUCGAAUGGGUCGCAAUGACAAGUGCCCUGUAUUCGUCCAACCUUUACGUUUGGUUCCCGUAUCUUCUUACGGCCUUGAUCAUGUUCCUCGCGCAGACUGCGACACAAGUGGUUCUGUUUGUUUACUUGCGGCUGCGAGCAGAGAACUACCACUGGUGGUGGGUCUCAUUUAUUGCUCCAGCAGCUGUGGGCAUUCCAAUCUUUGUCCAAAGCGCCUUCAACCUGCUUUCGCAUAACGUCGUGUUCGGCUCGGGCGGCAGCGGCGUCUUCAACUAUUUUAUCGUCGUGAUUAUUGCAGCUUUGACAUUUAGCAUCAUGGCCGGCGCUGCCGGCAUGCUGGCUUGCUUGUGGUUUACUCGCAAGAUCUAUGCCUCCAUCAAGAUUUCUUGAUGCUCCUGUUGUUGUUGUUGUGUGUUGUUGUGCAGCGAUGUUUGGACUGGAUAUUGUCUUUUCCCAAUUGUAUUAUUUUACCGUCCUUGUCCAUCUGA